GGAAGCGUGAUGGCCGCAGUCACACUCAUCCCUGCCGGGUGAUUUAGCGCUGAAUCUGCCACAGUACCACUUCCUUCAUCAGUUAUUAGUUGUGCCUACUUCCUACAGCUUUGGGCGUGCACCACUUUUAUUUCUCAUAUCAGGAUCUGUGAUGGUGGUGAUCAAAUACGGAACAAUAAUGUCAGAACAACACUCGCUACCUGAGCUAUUUAUAUUAAGAGUUUCUGGAAGAUGAUUAGAUGAUACACAAAGCCUUUGGCUGCAACACAGAUUCCAGUGAAAGGUCAUUUUAGGUGGAGUAAGCGGAGUACGCCACAAGACCUGGGGGAAGGCUGCAGGGGCUACAGAGGCUCCGUCCUCGGUCAUGGCCAAGAAUGGAUACUUCUAUCAGGAAAUGGAGCAGAGGGAGCGAGACAGGCAGGAGGAAGGGAGCGAGGACCGGGAGGAGGGUCAGGACUCUCCUAUCCCAUCAGGAGAUGACAUUCAUCUCUACGGCAACCAGACACACCAAGGAGGGACAGAUUCUGACAUCCAUGGCUGUGUCUUGCUUAAUACAUCACGUAGAUAUGUAAAGCUCAUGAACUUUGAAGAGGAGGUGAGGGCUCACAGGGAUCUGGAUGGCUUCUUGGAAAGGGCGAGUAUCCUGCUGCACGAGGACGAGGCGUCGCUGGACGACGUGCUGAAGACAAUGCUCCGGCACAUCUCGCAGGACCCACACACGGCCGAGCCCAGCUGCAACUUUGAGGAGAUCAUGAGCUCGCUGUUCACCGAUGCUGGCUCACAGGAGGUCAAUGUGCACUUGCUGUCGGAGACGCUGCAGUGUGUGACAGCUACGGCCACGGGCAUCCAGUACCAGCAGUCUUGGCUCUGCAUCCUCUGCAAUGUGAAGACCUUACAAAGGCGGCAUGUGUGCAUCUCUCGGUUGGACCGGCCUCAGAACUGGGGGGAGAAUUGUGCUGAGGUCCGCUAUGUCAUCCUUAUACUUGCACCGCUUAAGAUGAAAAGCACUAAGACAGCAAUGGAGUUAGGCCGGACGUUUGCAAGCAUGUUCUCAGACAUUUCAUUCAGGCAGAAGCUACUGGAGAGUAAGACUCCAGAGGAGUUUAAAGAGGCACUGGUCAUUCAGAGGUACCACCUGACUGCUGCCAAGCGAAAAACUACCGCUGUUGAGGAGGAAGAGACUGACCCGCACAGCCACAAACCACUCAAGUGUAGAGAUUUUUUCAGAGUGGGCAGAGGCAUCUACGAGGAUCUGUGUCGCCGUCUGCCUUUCUAUAUCUCAGACUUUACUGACGGCAUAGUGGGCAACAAUAAAGCACUAGUGAAAUAUAUGACAACGUCCAUUUUCCUCUACAUUGCCGUUCUGCUUCCUGCCAUCGCGUUUGGAUCACUCAAUGAUGAAAGCACACGAGGAGAAAUAGAUGUUCAGAGGACGAUCAUUGGGCAGAGUAUAGGCGGAAUCAUCUAUUCGCUGUUUGCGGGUUCUCCCCUGGUUAUUCCUCUAACUACUGCACCUAUCGCCAUCUUCAUCAGUGUAAUCAGAGGUAUCUGUGAUGACUAUGACCUGGAAUUUAGUGCGUUUUAUGCCUGCAUUGGUCUAUGGAACAGCCUGUUCCUCAUCAUCGGAGGGGUCUUCAACCUCAGUCUACUCGUUAAGCUUUUCAAGAGGUCGAUAGAAGAGGUGAUAGCUAUGUUCAUUUCAGUUGCUUUUGUAGCAGAUGCUCUCAAAGGCACGGUCAAGAUCUUCCAUAAGCAUUACCAUCCUCCUACAUUGGCCAAUGGUAGCAUAGAGGAGCUGCAACGAAUAAGUGCGGGGUUGAGUGCAGGAGAGACGAACCUCACCGGGACAGGGUUGCUAUCAUUCCCAGAAUCCUUCAUUUUGUGCACACGAGCACGGCCACUGCUUUGCCUCCUUCUUAUGCUCGGCACCUUGUGGGUUGGGUACACACUCUACCAGUUUAAGAGAAGUCCCUUCCUGCAUGCAAAAAUGAGGGAGAUUCUGUCAGACUGCGCUCUGCCCAUCUCUGUGCUCAUUUUCUCCUACGUUGGCUCCUACAUCUUCAGUGACAUUGGCUUGCCCGUGUUUAACUAUCAUGAGGGUGCAUUGUUCCGAGUCGCCGCCUUGGAAAAGCUAUCAGGAGUCAGUGUGGUAUGUGCCAUGGGGUUAGGCUUCCUUCUUGCUCUGCUCAUCUUUAUUGACCAGAACAUCGUGGUGUCCUUGACCAAUGCCCCAGAGAACAGGUUACUGAAAGGUACAGCCUAUCACUGGGACCUAACAUUGUCUGGCCUGAUUAAUAUUUUGAUGUCGUUGCUGGGGCUACCUUGGAUGCACGCUGCUUUUCCUCACUCCACGUUGCAUGUGCGGCAGUUGGCCAUUGUGGAAGAACGUGUGGAAGGAGGACACCUUUAUGAGACUAUUGUAAGUGUGAAGGAGACUAGGGUAACAUCACUGCUGGCGAAUAUCCUGAUUGGUGUGAGUGUGUUCCUUCUGCCUGUCCCACUGCAAUGGAUUCCCAAACCUGUACUCUACGGCCUCUUCCUCUACAUCGCACUCACAUCCAUCGACGGUAAUCAGAUGUGUGACCGCAUGGCACUGCUACUCAAAGAACAGACAUCUUACCCCCCAACUCACUACAUCCGGAAGGUACCACAGAGGAAAAUCCAUUAUUUCACUUUCCUUCAGAUGGUGCAGCUGCUGUUCCUCUGUACGUUUGGAAUGUACCCGCUCCCGUACAUGAAAAUGAUCUUCCCUCUGCUAAUGUUUAUCCUUAUACCUAUCAGGAAUUGUGUGCUGCCCAGGAUCAUUGAUGCCAAAUACCUGGACAUCAUGGACGCACAGCACAUGUAAACAUGUGCACCAUAAAAAAAAGGACUCUGGGAAUUGUAUUUUUGAAAUGCUAAACUCUGGGAGGAAAAACAGACUGAUUCUAGAGUUGUGAAGCAGUCAUUAUGGUGAAGCACUGUAACAGAAAAAGAGCAAGAGAGAGAAGGAGAAUAUAAAGCUUAAAAGGCUGACUAGAUUCCUGUCUGUUUGAUCUUAGUCAGUCUCUGCUUCUCUCACUGUUUUCUCAUGCCAAAGCUUCUCUCUUUGGUUAAUUCUUACGUACCUCUGUCUCAUUUUGUAGAUCACUCACUUGAGUUAUAAAAAACCAUGAAUCACACAUACUAACAUUACGUGGCAGUUGAAUAUUAUACUGACAGGAAGAGCCUGGUGACUGAUUAAGCUCUUCUCGUAUUGUUUCUGUUACCAUCCAAAAGGUCACCGAACAAGUGGAGUGAAGUGAAGUGGAUCUAUCUGUAGCAAUACCUCUUUGAUGUUGACAAUUCACACAUACAAAACAAACCGGAUGACCCUUCAUUACUUCACUUUCCUUCAGGUGAAGGGUCACUCUGUCAGCUCAUACAUGACAUGAAACCAUACUGUCGAUCGUGCACAGUCCGCCGUGUUGUGGUGCAUAUCAUUGAUAAUGUGUGGUGCAUAUAUUAAGAACAAAGUCAAAACAGACCAAAAGAACACACGCACCCUGCUUGAAACUGUGUCUCAUAGCAAUACAGUGAUAUAGAAUAUGAAUAUUUUAGAUAUUUCUUUGAGAAAGAUUAUUAUUGGGGUUGAUAUAUUUCCAGGAUACAUGGUGUCAUGUGUUCAGAAUGUAACAUUAGUGCUGAUGCUUCAGGGAUAGGGCAACGGGUCCAGAAGACGAGAGCUAUUUCCCACGUACACACUGCAGAACAAACUAUACGACUAUAAGCUUUUGCAUAUUAUAAAACGUCACCACUGUUUGUCCUCAGAAUGCACAGAAACACACACACACACACACACACAAACAAAGAUAAAUGAGAAUAAGCAUGUACUUAUAAACUUAAACUAGCAUGCUUGCUCACACACACCUCCUGGCCCUAUGUUACAACACAUACACACGUACAUAUAUGUAUAAGUAUAUACAUAUAUGUACGUGUGAGUGUUUGUGUGAAAAUAAAUAGAGCAUGGCUUUUAUAAGAUGCCAAAACCUUUUUUUUACAAUGAUGGAAUUUCAUGUAAGAGAGAAUGAAAUUCUCAGUGUAAUGCUAGUUUUGUAUAUUACACCCACACACAAGACUUUUGAAAAUGUUAUAAUUGUCUAUGCUGGAUACCAGAACAGCUAUGAAGCUUUCCAGAGAAUACUAGAAUACUUGGUUUGUUACAGCAAUAUAACCAUUUUCAAACCACUAUCAAAAGCUGACAAAUAUUUAAUCACUGACUAUUUUUCUGUAGAAGAAUCUAAGUAAUACACGUCUUAAAACUCGUUCUCGAUUCAAAACACAGUGAUUUAAAAUUCCCAAAUAAAUCUCUCAGAAUCGAUGUUUCUAAUACUGAGAGACAGACAAACACAGGACUGAGAGAGAAAGAGAGAGAGGGAGUUUAUGAAAGAUCGAUGCCCUUGAGGAUAAAUUAUGGACAGGUUUGAGACAGCACUCCACCCCACAGUGCUGUGGACCUACAGCAUCGCAAGAAUGUGAAUAGUGGAUAUGUAAAAAUCAACUUGAAUCUGUAGAGACAAAUAACUAUGACAUGACUAAAUAGAGAUCAGGAAGGUGUCAGGCGUGUUUCCCACAGAUGUGAGGAAAAAAGCAAAGCAGGAAUUAGCGUGAGAUUCGUAUGCUUUAAGACUGCAUGAAAGAGUGAUAUCCAAAUGUGUUUUGAUGUUGUUUAAACCACUAGUCAGUAUGUUUUUGUAAAACCCCAAUCCUCACUGAAUAUGAUUCCCAACUCUCUCUCUCUGUCUCCUCUGAGACUGUGACAGUAUCACUGUAGUCCUGAUGAACCUCUGGUGUGAAAAAAAAAAACAAAAAAAAUAAACCCUCCUCCCUGCACACCAUUGGACUUCUCUCAGUAUUUGACUGUAAUAUUGAAGUAUUCAACCUUAUUUUGUUAUCUUCUUAACUGGAUUGGAUAUAUUGACAGUUUAUGUUCUGUGCUGGCUUAAUAUUGUUUCAGAAAAUAAGCUUUUCUUCUUCCAAUAAUGAAUGUAUAAUGUGUAGAUUUUUAUAUAACACAUACAGAAUCCAUUGUCAAAAUAAUUUUGUCAAACAGAUAAGCUAAAUUUGUAAACUGCAAUAUUUAAAAAAAAAAAAAAAAAAAAAAAAAGAUAAAUGUUUAUCAGAAGGACUGUGUGAUUUAAAGAAAGGUAAUGCUAUACACUGAAAACUAGAUCAUUUCAAGUUGGUUGCCAAAUAAAGAGUUAUAUUGA